CCCAGCCGCGCCCCGUUAAAAGGCGGCACCGGCGGGGCGGCGGAGGCACAGCGGGCUGGGCAGGACGGGACGGGGUGUGGGAUCUGCUCUCCCUUCAGGUGCAAAGAUGGGGUGCUUCACCUUUAUCAAGGUCAUGAUGAUCCUCUUCAACCUGGCCAUCUUCCUCGGUGGUGGGACCCUCCUGGGAGUUGGCAUCUGGGUCAAAGUGGACGGAGAGUCAUUCCUGAAUAUAUUUGGGGCGCUGUCCUCUAGCGUCCUGCAGGUUGUGAACGUGGCCUAUCUCCUCAUUGUCAUCGGUGCCAUCCUGCUGGUGAUCGGCUUCCUUGGCUGCUACGGCGCCCAGAAGGAGAGCAAAUGUCUCCUGAUGAUGUUCUUCUCAGUGGUGCUGAUCAUCUUCAUUGUUGAAGUCGCUGCUGCUGUGGUGGCUCUGGUCUUCACAGGACUUGCAGAGACGUUGCUGACAGGUCUGGUGACCCCACUCCUGAAGGAUAAGUAUGGGGAGGAUCCAACAUUCACACACAUCUGGAAUGUCACCAUGACAGAGGUUCACUGCUGUGGCCUGAACAACUACACAGACUUUGAUGACUCCUACUUUUAUAAGAAAUACAACAGCUACCCCAGGCAGUGCUGUGGUGACACGGUGGAGAUCUGCAACAGCACGCUGGCUGCAGAAAAGGCUGUCAAUGGCUGUUUCUCACAGAUCUUGGAAGAAAUCAGGACCAACGCAGGAGUGGCGGGUGGCGUGGCAGCCGGCAUCGCUGCCUUGGAGAUUGCGGCCAUGGCAGUUGCCAUGUACCUGUACUGUCGGCUGGAUGAGAAGUGACCUCCCCUGAGGCAGGAGGAUGACCUGCCACCCCCCAUGCUGGGGUGGACCUGUGGCGUGCCACGCUCUCAGGGGACCCCAUCCCUCCCUGGGUCUGAUGCUCUCCUGUGCACUGUGAUUUGUAGCUGUAUUUUGAUCUACUGAGCUGGGAUCUGUAGAGUUUGUGUAUAUUUUUGUACUGAUAUGCUCUACGGAGCCUGUACAUAGAGAUUUGGGGUGUUUUUUGAUUGUGGGGGUGUUGAUAGAGAAGCUGUUUGGCUGAUGCCAGGAGCUAAAGCAGCACAGGGACUGUCAGGACUGCUGAUCUGGCAAUGGCACAGUGGUGUCUUGGUAAACUCCUGCAGGCGGGUGCUGUACUGCUCUCACACUGUCCCCACCGUGUCCCCCUGCAUCAGUUUGAGGUGGUAACUGCACCCUCACUGGGGAUGUAUCUACUCCUGCACCCACUUUCUGCCAGCCCUGGCCUUGUUGCCAUGAGGUCCCCUGGAAGAGGGGCUGGCUGGUCUCUGUCCCUUCCCUGGCAUGAGGACAGCCCUGGUGGUCCCUGACUCUGCAGGGGCUGAGGCUGCCCCAUAUCCCCUGUCAUUUUGUGCCUGAGCCACUCUCUAUGCUGUAAAGAAAUGCAAAUAAAUUUUUCAUCUUGGAUACAGA